AUGUCUGCCCUGCUGAGGCUGUGUUUUGUGCUGCCCCUGGUGGCCCCCAGCCACGGCACCCAGCGUUGGGAGCCCUGCACAGACCUGCGCCCCCUGGACAUCCUGGCGGAGGUGGUCCCUUCUGAUGGCGCCACAAGCGGGAUCAGGAUAGUUCAGGUUCACGGUGCACGGGGACUGCAGCUCUCAGCAGCCGCCCCCCACGUCAUGAGCUUCCCCGCAUCCAGGAUUUUCUCCCAGUGUGACCUCUUCCCUGAAGAAUUUUCCAUCGUUGUAACCUUGAGAGUUCCCCAUCUUCCACCCAAGAAAAAUCAAUACCUGCUGACGGUGGUGGCGGAGGAGAGCGACCUGCUGCUGCUGGGCCUGCGGUUCUCGCCUGCCCAGCUGCACUUCCUGUUCCUUCGCGAGGACACGGCCGGCGCCUGGCAGACCCGAGUGUCCUUCCGCAGCCCGGCCCUGGUGGACAGUCGCUGGCACACGCUGGUCCUGGCUGUGUCUGCAGGCAUCUUCUCCCUCACCACGGACUGCGGCCUCCCGGUGGACAUAAUGGCUGAUGUGCCCUUCCCAGCCACCCUGUCGGUGAGAGGAGCUCGAUUCUUCGUCGGCAGCCGGAGGAGAGCCAAAGGCCUGUUCACAGGCCUGGUGAGGCAGCUGGUCCUGCUGCCCGGCUCAGACGCCACCCCAAGGCUGUGUCCCAGCAGGAAUGCCCCGCUGGCGGUGCUGUCCAUCCCACGGGUCCUGCAGGCUCUCACGGGGAAGCCAGAAGAUAACGAGGUGCUAAAAUAUCCCUACGAAACCAACAUUCGAGUGACGCUGGGACCCCGGCCACCGUGUACCGAGAUGGAAGACGCCCAGUUCUGGUUUGAUGCUAGCCGGAAGGGGCUGUACCUGUGUGUUGGCAACGAGUGGGUCUCCGUGUUAGCAGCCAAAGAAAGACUGGACUACGUGGAGGAGCAUCAGAACUUGUUCACCAACUCAGAGACCCUGGGCAUCGAGGUGUUCCGCAUCCCCCAGGUGGGGCUUUUCGUGGCCACAGCCAACCGCAAAGCCACAUCCGCGGUCUACAAGUGGACGGAAGGGAAGUUCGUCUCCUAUCAGAACAUCCCCACGCACCAAGCACAGGCCUGGAGGCAUUUCACCAUCGGGAAAAAGGUCUUCCUGGCAGUGGCUAAUUUUGAACCAGAUGAAAAGGGUCAGGAGUUCUCUGUCAUUUACAAAUGGAGCCACAGAAAGCUGAAGUUUACCCCAUAUCAGAGCAUUGCCACACACAGCGCCCGAGACUGGGAGGCCUUCGAGGUGGAUGGGGAGCACUUCCUGGCGGUGGCCAACCACCGGGAAGGUGACAACCACAACAUCGACAGCGUCAUCUACAAGUGGAACCCAGCAACCCGGCUCUUCGAGGCCAACCAGACCAUUGCCACCUCUGGCGCCUACGACUGGGAGUUCUUCAGUGUGGGGCCCUACUCGUUCCUGGUGGUGGCCAACACCUUCAACGGCACCUCCACAAAGGUGCACUCGCACCUCUACAUCCGGCUCCUGGGCUCCUUCCAGCUCUUCCAGUCCUUCCCNACAUUCGGUGCUGCGGACUGGGAGGUCUUCCACAUCGGGGAGAGGAUCUUCCUCGCUGUGGCGAACAGUCACAGCUACGAUGUGGAGAUGCAAGUCCAGAAUGAUUCCUACGUCAUCAACUCAGUCAUCUACGAGCUGAACGUGACCGCGCAGGCCUUUGUCAAGUUCCAGGACAUCCUCACCUGCAGUGCUCUGGACUGGGAGUUUUUCUCGGUGGGAGAAGAUUACUUCCUGGUCGUCGCUAACUCCUUUGAUGGGCGCACCUUCUCAGUGAACAGUAUUAUUUACAGGUGGCAGGGCUACGAGGGCUUCGUGGCGGUGCACAGCCUCCCCACCGUCGGCUGCAGGGACUGGGAGGCCUUCAGCACCACGGCCGGCGCCUACCUCAUCUACUCCAGCGCCAAGGAGCCCCUCUCCAGGGUCCUGCGGCUGAGGACGCGCUGA